AUGGGGAAAGAAGAGGAGGAGGAUCAGGAGAGUCCCAUAGUAUGUAGGGACAGUCUACAGGUGGAUCAGGAGAGUCCGAUACUCUGUAGGGACAAUCUGCUGGAGGAUGGGGUGAAUCAUAUGAUCUUAAGGGACAGUCUCCAGGAGGAUCAGAUCUGUAAGGGCAGUCAACUGUUGGAUCUGGAGGGUUCUAUCAUCUUCAGGGACAGUCUGUUUGAGGAUCAGGUCUGUUUUGACUGUUUACUGGAGGAUCAAAUCUGUCGGGACAGUCUGCUGGAGGAUGGGGUGAAUCAUAUGGUCUUAAGGGACAGUCUCCUGGAGGAUCAGGUCUGUGGGGAUAGUUUGCUGGAGGAUCGGGUCUGUCGGGACAUUUUGCUGAAGGAUCAGGUCUGUCGGGACAGUUUGCUGGAGGAUCACGUCUGUCAGGAGAGUUUGCUGAAGGAUCAGGUCUGUCGGAAGAGUUUGCUGGACGAUAAGGUCUGUCGGGAGAGUUUGCUGGAGGAUCAGGUCUGUCGGGAGAGUUUGCUGGAGGAUCAAUUCUGUCGGGAGAGUUGGCUGGAGGAUCAGGUCUGUCGGGACAGUUUGCUGAAGGAUCAGGUCUGUCGGGACAGUUUGCUGAAGGAUCAGGUCUGUCGGGACAGUUUGCUGUAGAUCACGUCUGUCGGGACAGUUUGCUGAAGGAUCAGGUCUGUUGGGACAGUUUGCUGGAGGAUCAGGUGUGUCGGGACAGUUUGCUGGAGGAUCAGGUCUGUCGGGAGAGUUUGCUGGAGGAUCAGAGUUUGCUGGAGGUCUGUCGGGAGAGUUUG